UGUGCCCAUGCCUGAGGAGGGCACGUUCCUCCCCUGGUGGUCAGCAGGGCCCUGCUCAGCCUUUUCUUCUCUCUCUGGUGCUUCUCCUGGGGCUGAGUGACCAGGACUGGCUCCUCCAAGCUGGACAGAUGUGCCUCUCUUCGAGCAGCACACCAGCCUUUGGUAGAGCUGAUUGCUGACUGAGUUCACAUGCGUGACCCAAACCAGAGCCCCCACAGCAAUCCUGCUUUCAUUGCAUCGUGGUGCAGUGUGUUUUCCAGCACAUGCAGGGCCCAGGGCCAUGUGGAUGAGCUGUGAUCCUGGUUGACUCUUCUCCAUCACUGUGGCCACCCAUGGAGGCCCUGUACUCUGCCCUGGAAGGGGAGAUCAGCACCUUCGUGAGGCACAUGCAGCAGUGCUGGGAGGGCUUCCACCUGCACAGCCUGUACCAUGUGCUGCUGCUGGUGCUGCCACACAGCCCCUCGGGGAGGGCGGAGAGCUGGCAGCACCUGCAGAGGCUUGCCCACUGCCAGCCUGGCUCGGCCAGCCCUGACAUGGCCAGCAGCUACGUGGACUGGCUGGCCUCCCACCUGCAGCACCUGAGCACACUGAAGGAGAGGUUUGACGCCAGGGUGGUGGUCCCUCUGUGUGAGAACUUGUACACGCACGAGGAGCCGGCUGCCUGCCCUACCCAGCAGUCCCCGCUGGCCUCCAUCCCCCACCUGGCUGCACAGCUCUUUGCCCACCGGCGUAACUGGGGGCUGCUGCUGCGGGGAGGGACCCUCAGCCAGAGGGUCUUCAGCCUCUAGAGCUUGCAUGACCUGUGUGGCUUUGCUGAUGUGGGGCCCUUUGUGAAGGUCUUGAGGCUGGUUCCUGAUGUCUUUCACCAGAGCUUGGCCACAGCAGAUCUUGCCCAGAAGUGGGUCUCUCUCCACCGCAAGAUGUACGGCCACUCCCUGCCACCAUCAGCAUCACUGUCACCAUCACUGCCACUGCAGCCACCAGCAUGGAGCAGAGCAGAGUUGGCUCGUGGCACUGCACAGCCCCCUCCAUGCCGCAGUGCCCCCCAGCAGCCCAGCUCUCCUCUGGGCUUGCCCAAGCCCACGAUCCCACUGCAGCCUUCAGGCACAGGCAGCAGUGCUGGGGUGCUGCGAGCCCAGCUGCAGGAGAGCCAGGAGGAGCUGCUGGCCCUGCUGGCCCGCAGGGAGCGGGCGGUCACCCUUGGUGCCCAGGCCUGUCAUGUUUCCCAGCGCAUCCGCCUCCUGCGCCUGCAGCAGCAGGGCCAGGGGCCGGGGCUGGCCCACCCUGGCAGAGCUCAGGGUACAGGGGCUCACCGGCGUGAGGCUGCCCUGGCCAAGGAGCAGCAGAAGAGCCUGGAGCUAGAGGAGUACCACCACAGCAUCCUGGAGGCUGAGUGGCUGCUGGAGCUGGAGGUCAGGCCCAUCCUCAUGCGGAGGACUGAUGCGGUUCUGCGGCGCUGCCAGACCCUGGAGAGGGUGCUGCGAGGCCAGACACUGCCUGCCCCACAGCACACCCAGCUCAGAAACAGGAUGGCCACCACCUGUGCACCUGGGCAGGCACAGCCCUCUGCCUCAGCAGCCAGCCCCUGGAGCAGCCAGUGACUGACCAUGGGCAGCAGGACUUCCACCGGCUCCCAGCAGCAGCAUCCUGAAGAGCAAGACUGGAGGAUACCCAACCCAUCACCAUGGGCUGCAGGCAGCCAGUGGCUCACAGGGACCUGGCUCAGUUCUUGCCUGGGAAGAAAGCAGGGAAAGAACAUGUUUAAUGAUAUGUUCCAUCUGUGCUCAGCCCAUGGGCCUGCCAUUUGGUGUGUGGCUACAGACUGCACAAGAUGGGCACUGAGUGCUGCCAAGCACAAAGGCACAAGCAUGCACACGUAUGUGGAUGC